AUGCAUUUCUCUACUCUAUCUCUGAUUGCCUUUCUUGGCAGCCCCUGUCUGGGUCUGCACCACUUUUAUUCGGGUCUUUUUGCCGGUGAUUCUUUAUAUUAUAUUGCUUUUGAUGAGAAUACUUCCGAAUUGAGUGUUGUCAGCAAUGCCAGUAUUGGAAUUGACAGUUCCAAGUGGAUUGCCCUUGAUAAAAAACACGACAAUCUCUAUGUGACGAACGGUGCCCAAUACAACAGUUAUUCUAUUGCUGAGAAUAAAACUGUCAAGUAUCAAGGCAGUGCUUCUAUCUCUGGUGGUUGCGACAACGCCAACUACAUUGUAUCCUCAACAGCAGAACCAUUCACCGUCUUUGGCGCCCCCUAUUCCAAUGGCUGUCCUGGACAAGUCAUCUCAGUUGAUUCUACCGGCACUCUCAACUCUGUCAUUGCGAACAUCUCCUACAGCAACAGCUCCGGUGCGCAUGGGCUUGCGCUGAGCAGUGAUAAUAAGUUCAUCUAUACUGGCGAUGACAUGGGAAGUGCUGUCUGGGUUCAUUCGUAUGAUGCGACCAACAACCAAGUUACCACUAUCCAACACAUCGAUGUGACUGGAAAUCCCCGCCAUCUAGUCGUUCAUCCUGGUGGACAUUAUGUAUAUGUCCUGCUUGAAUCAGGAAAUGAAGUCGCUGUUUACUCCCGAGACAGCCAAACUGGCAAGAUAACCAAUACGAAUACCACUUUUUCGACAAUCCCGUCCGGCUAUACAAAUACCUCCUCCUACUGGUCUGGUGAAAUCAUGUUCUCUUUCCCGCAGGAAGGCGAAUCGCCCAAAUACCUCACCGCAUCUGCACGUUCCAGAGAGUCGUCCUCUCCUGGUUUCGUUACUGCUUUCUCUCUCGACAGCACGACUGGGGCUAUACAGAAGCAGCUCUUCUUGACACCCACUACUAGCUAUGGUGGUGCUUCAAAUGCCAUCUCGCCUGCUAUCUUCUCCGAAGAGUACUUUGCUAUUGCUGAUGCCGGGGACAAUUUCGUCGAGGUGUGGAAGAUGAAUGAGGAGAGUGCAUCUGUGGUUGCGCAUUUGGAUAUGGAUUAUAGUCCGGCCAAUCUGGUUUGGUAUGAUUAG